AUGUACACUACCAAGCUCACCACCUCCCUUGCGGCUGUCAGCCUCUUGGCUCUAGGCGCCGUCGCCCAAGACAUCGACCGCAACGAUUACCCUUCGCAAUGCGCCUCUGUCUGCGACCCCGUGUCGGACUCGACGGCGCAAUGCGAUCAGUCCACUGGCGACAACGAUCAGGACUACAUCAACUGUGUAUGCGGCAUUACCAAUGCUGCCACCAUCAUCCCUUCAUGUGAAGCCUGCUAUGCCAAUUUCUCCAAGGACGGUCACGACAAUGACGUCAACGACCUGAUCCGCAGCUGCAGCUUCACGACCACAUCGUACAACCCGUUGGCUACAUCUUCAGGCAUGGCUUCAGGCACGACAGCAGGUGCUGUGAUCACCACCAGUGCAACUGUCUCAGGCUCGCGCACGGAGGUGACCACAACCGCAGCAGCAGGAGCAGGAACAUCUGCCUCCGGCAGCGAGUCUGCGGCUGUGACCUCGAUGAGCAGCGACGCCACUGCUGCUCCAGCAUCCACCGGAGCUGCAUCUGCGAACAGCGUGGCAGGCGGUGUCGGCCUUGUGGCUGGACUCGUGGGCGCGGCGGCGUUGUUGUAA